AUGGAGUUCUCAAACACAAAGCCUCACGUUGCCUUACUAUCCUCCCCGGCUCACCUUACGCCUAUGGUUGAGCUGGGAAAACGCCUCGUCACUUACCAAAACGUGAAAGUAACAACCUUUGUCACGUCUUUUCUUGGAUCUGCAGCAACAAUAUCACGGAUGGUGCAAUCUGCUCAAAGUGAAAAGCUCUUUGAUGUCAUCCAACUGCCUCCAGCAGACAUUUCUGGCCUUAUUAGCCCUGGCCAGACGGGACUCGCGUCGCUUCCAGCGGUGGUUCGUGUUAGCGAGCCAGCUUUCCGGUCUGCAAUAUCUGCGUUGGAGACUCCUCCAACUGCUCUCGUUGCUCAUGUUUAUGCAGUUGAUUGUUUAGGGAUUGCUGAUGAGCUUAAGAUUCCUAAAUUUGUUUACAUGAGCUCUCAUGCAUGGUAUCUUGCGUUAUUCUUAUAUGUUCCAAUAUUAGAUAAGAAUGUAGGAGGAGAGCUUGGAGAUGAUGAUCAGAAGGAACCAUUUGUUCUUCCAGGUUGCACCCCGGUUCGACCAGAAGAUUUGCCAGAUCCUAUGUUGGUCCAAACUAAAAAUAAUUAUCUUGAGCUCAUACGUAUGGCUACAGAGAUUCCAAAGGCUGAUGGAAUUUUGGUGAAUACAUGGGAGGAGCUGCAGCCCACAACCCUAGCAGCUUUGAGGGAUGAUAAGCUCUUGGGAAGUGUUGCCAAGGCACCAAUUUUCCCCAUCGGCCCAGUGACCGCAGAGGGAGCUGUCGGAUCAAAGAGCGAGCUAUCUGGGUGGCUGGACAAGCAGCCAAAUGAAUCUGUACUGUAUAUAUCUUUUGGAAGCAUGGGAGCGCUAUCACUCGAGCAAAUGACAGAACUGGCUUGGGGUUUAGAGUUGAGCCAACAAAGGUUUAUUUGGGUAGUGCGUCCACCCACAACAAAAACUGGAAUUGGGUCCGUUCCCAAGUUUGGGUUCGACGUUAAUGAUACGUCAACUUACUUACCCGAAGGUUUCAUGUCUCGAACCCACGGGAAGGGUCUGGUGGUUCCACAAUGGGCUCCGCAGGUGGAAAUCUUGAGCCAUCCGUCGUGCGGGGGAUUUUUCACACAUUGUGGGUGGAAUUCGGCAAUGGAAUGUAUCAGCAAUGGAUUGCCAAUGAUCGCUUGGCCGCUGUACGCUGAGCAGAGAAUGAAUGCUACGAUGUUGACGGAGGAGCUUGGCAUAGCUGUUCGAUCGAAAACGUUACCAUCCAAGGGUGUUGUGGGGAGGGAGGAAAUCGAGACGAUGGUUAAGAAAAUAUUUGUGGAUGAAGAAGGGGGCAAAAUAAGAGGCAGAGUUAAAGAGCUAAAACUUAGUGCAGAGAAAGCAUGGAGCCAGGGUGGUUCUUCGUAUAAUGCACUAGCUGAAAUGGUGAAACAAUGUACCUAA